AUGGUCCUGAUCAUGGGCACCGGAGCUGUGGGCAGAGCGGAGGAGCAAAGGAACCUGUUUGCAGAGAGGGGCUGCUGCAGGAGGCAGAGCCAUUUCCUCCACGUUGGGCACGAUGUCUCCGGCAGUCCCGUCAGCGUGGACGUCGGGAGGUGCCGCUCCAGCUGCCCCUCCCAGUGGAUCAGCCCCCUCCACCCCGGCCUCCCAGGGCUCUUCAGGUACUCCUCCAUGCUCGACUUCCUAAGGAGCAAGAAGGUGAGAGUCCGGCGCCCCGAGGUGCCGUGGCCGGGAGCCCCCCGUUCGUGCCCCGCGGGGUCCUGCUGCGAGCCGGCCCGGCUGCACGUGGAGCGGCUCCUGCUCCUGCAGGGCGCUCGGGAGGUGGAGGUGGUCGAUGGAUGCCACUGCAGCACCUGCCCCGAGGAAUGUCUGCGGCUCCCGGCGCUGAAAACCUUCUUCCCAGACUCUCCCUGGGAGGUCACGGUCGACGUGGGGAAAUGCUCCGAUCCACCCUACAGUGCAGAUGGACUUUUCUGCAUGCCCACCAAGUUCAGCACUGUUCUAGUCAAAAACCCCCACGGUGGGGAGGUGGUUCAGACGCUGGAGAGCUGUGAAAUGAAGGAGAAAUGCUAUCGUGUCUCCCAGGUGGAAUACUACUAUGAAAUUGUGCAGAGCCCUGCGGGACACAGGGAGGAACGGCUCAAGGAAAUCGAUGUGGGAAGGUGCUUGGGCAGCUGCUCCUCGGGGGAUCCCUCCUUGCUUAGGGAGUCCCGAGAUGGAGAGGAGUGCCUGCUGUGGGCAGGAGCUGCCCGCGGCCGCUGCGCCCCUCACAGCUACGACGUGCACACCUUCCGCAGCCGCCGCGACCGCGUCCGCACCGUCCCCGCCGUCCGGCAGUGCCGCUGCCGGGGGUAGCGGGGCUGGGAGGGGCUCCUGGAGACCCCACCAGACUGUCUGUAGGAUAUGUAAA